AUCAUACGUUGUUGCUCCCCACAGGAAAAUGUAGAUCCUUCCCUCCAUCUGCAGCAGGAGAGAGGGAACCAGCCAAUAGAGGAGCAGAAGCUGCAUAGACGAGAUCUGACAGUGAAUGAUGAACAGGAAAUCUGGAAAGACAUCACUUUAACUCACCUGCAGAGGAUCCUGGGUGUUAAAUCUCUCAAUGAGGUUUUAGACCAGCGUCACGUAAACCCACAAAACAUCAUUCACAAUAUGACCAAAGUCAACAAACACGGAGUUGUCACACUGGAAGACAAAACAAAUGAUCUCCCACACUGGGUUUUGUCUGCCAUGAAGAGCCUGGCCAAUUGGCCGAAGUACGACAGUGACCAGCCUUCCUAUCCCGGGUUUGAAAGAGAUGUCUUCAAAACAGUGUCCGACUACUUCUACAGCCUUCCACAACCUUUACUGACAUACGAACUUUAUGAACUUUUUAUCAACGUGCUGGUGUUUUGUGGGUACAUCACAGCACCCUCUAAAAUCCAGCGAGGUAAACGGAAGAAGACGGACCUUCCCUCGGUUCCCCCGCCAGCCAAGUCGUCGUUUCGCUCCACAGAGUGUCUCCUCCUAUCCCUGCUCAGACAGGGGUCAUGUGAUGAGGCAGAGUCCCCCAUGGGGGAGGUGCUCGGUGGAAAACUUCAGUCACGACUGGACGCCCUGAAAGGAGAUGAGGCCGGUGGCAGUCAGUUUGGAGGCAGCUGCACCAGCCUCAAUACAGCCAUUCCAUCGAGACCUCAAACCAGGAGUUGCUCUUUGGAAAUCAUCCUGGAUGACUCUGCUCCUCUCACCCAGCAGCAGCUGUUUCUGUCCAGUGAAAGCCUGACAUCUUGCUCCCAUAGCAACAAGAGCCAGCAUGACAGUCCUUCCACGGCAGCGCUGGAAAGCCCCUCAGACUUUUCGGAUGUGAACGAUUCAGACCCACUCUAUGAAAAGGCACCAGCAGCUUCAGUUAGAAGUAGACGGCCCGUCAUUUCCGUGUCUGGACCACAAGGUGUACAAAGGUCCCGCUCGUUACGACCUCGUAGUAUGGGCAGCUGCCUGGACAUCGUCAUGGAGACCAAAGAAGAAGAUGUGAAAGAGAUGAAGUGGCAGGAUCGAGCCUCCAGCUGUCUCAACGUGAGCACCUUUGCAAGCCAACGAUACUCUUCCUCAGCUUCGCACUCCUCCUCUCUGUCCUCCUAUCGCCCCUCUUUUUCUUCCCAUCACCUUCAUUCGUCCUUUUUUUCAACUGAUGCACCCCAUGCCCCGGGGCCCGGUGGGUCCAGAUCCACAUCUACUACCUCUGAUAGUUGGGCAGUGCCUGCACCCCCUGCUGUCCGGCGCUGCCUCAGCUCGCUGGACGUGUCCAAGGCGCCUCAAACUGUUUUGCUGCUCAAACCGCCUGUCUGUGUGCCUGCCAGAACCUUCCAGCCCCCCCAGUCCAAACCCGAGCACAGUGUCCUCCAGCCUCAGUGUGAGCGUGUAGCCAUUGAGGCCCUACAGCUUUGCACUCUCCUCCUCCCGCCUGCCUCCCGCAGGAAGUUGCAGCUCCUGAUGCGGAUGGCCUCGCGCAUUAGCCAGAAUGUGGACAUGCCUCGCCUCCACCCUGCCAUCGGAACACGAACAUUGAUGGUUCACACCUUUUCAGGCUGUGUCCUGAGCAGUGCUGAGGAGUGCGACUUAGAUGAGCUGCUGGCUACCAGACUGGUUUCAUUUCUGAUGGACCACCAACAAAGCAUCCUCUCAGUCCCAGAAUACUUGCUCAAUGCGAUCAAUGAUCGCAUACAGUACCUACGCUCAGUGCAGGUCCCUGUGGAAUCGGUUCCUGCCACUGACGAGGGGGAUCCAGUUUGCCUGCCAAUGCCGAUGUAUGCUUUCUGCCAUCAAAUCAGCGGAGCCGAGUUCGAACAGCAGAAGCAGGCAUCUUCUCAGAAAGCCAUGGAGGAGCUGCUGGAGAUCCUGCUGACAGACCAAAAUAUCAGUGAGAAGGACAGGUGCAAGAAACUGAAGCAGUUUCAGAAGCAGUACCCAGAUAUCUACAGGCAGCGAUUCCCCUCAUCAGAGAGGCAAACCAAGGGUGAAAACAAGCCAAAGAUUAAACCCCCCCUCCUCACCAUCAGGAAGACCAAAACCUUCAGCAUCAGGGAUUAGACCGAGCCGCAGUCUGGAUGUUUGCUGCACUGUGACUUUGCACUCCAAAGCGGCAUUUUGAGAAGUUAUUCUCCCUUUGCUGCCAGAAAUAUUGUUACAUUGGAAAGCUUGUUUUCUGUUAACACAGGAGGUGAUUUAAGAAGCUUCUUUUAGCUUUCAAAUAAAAAAAAUACAUGUUUUUAUUUUUCAGUGCAACCAUUUUAUUUUCAUUUGACCUGUUUGUGUGUGUGUUUAAACAAGGUUUAGAACAUAUUUGGGAAGGAAAUAUGCAAUUCUGGGAUCACUAGCCACCUUUUGAAGAUGUAUCUUAAUUUAUUGGGAGCAUUGCAGAGUUGACGUAAGGUAAUUGUCUUAUGUAUUAUUUUAUUUUUACUAGAAUUUUAUUUCUCUGAUACUCAAGUUUUAGUUGGAAUGUUCUCGAGUAUCUGUGAAGUCUGACAUUUUACCUGUUUUGAAAGUUCUUUCUUGUUGAUUUUUUUUAAUUGACUUUUCCCUUUUUAAUUGUGGUGAGUAUCUUUAGAGCACAUAAUGUCUUUGUUAAAGUAGUUUGUUUAUAGGGUUUUUCUGUUUCCGAUCCUCCUUUUCUUCACUAACUGUUAAUUUAAACUGAAUGAGUCUUUUCUCUUUUACCUGUCACCCCUGCUCUGUUUGCUGGUUAGUUAAGUGUUAUUUGUAUAUAUUGCUCCAUUUAGAAAACUUCACCAGAUACCUGCUAUGUUUAGGUUCCAAGAGCUCAUGAAUAAAGGUUCAGAUGAAAUGAUUUUUUAAAGCGUACAAUAGUAUUACUGUCUGAAAUUAUUUGGCAGUUUUACAGUAUUUAUCGUGUAUCUUCCUUUAAUGUACGAAAGUGAAGAUCUCAUAUCUCAGAUCUCAUACCACAUCAAAUGUUUGAGGAAAUGAAAAGGUUCUGUACUUCUUAUGUUGGAAUAUAUGAAGUGUUAGUUUUAAUUAAGUUUGUUUAUACCUCAGAUCAAAUGGUGCAUUUGUACAUGUAACCGCAUAUGAUUUCAUCAGCAGUGUUUUAAGCUUUCACAUAGGAGUGUAUGACAUGCACCAGCAACUCCUCAUUGUUUACUAUGCAAAGUUCUGGGAAAUAAACCUGUUCAACUCUGUAAGCAGAUGAAGCAUUUUCUGUCCAAUUACCUCUA